GCACUGAACGAGGAGCCCCGCUUCUCCCGCCAUGCUGUCUCUUGGUAGACCGCCAUGCUGUUUGUUUUAGCCUGAUUUUCACACUGAGAACAAAACAAUUAAUUCCAGGGGUCUGGACUGGGCGUUAUAUUUCAGCAUUAAAGAGUAUGAGUUUGCAACUCCAGUAUUUCCUUGCUGGGGGAGAAAGCCCUUUAUAAAGCAAGCCUUGCUGCAAGCCUGCGGUUGCUGGGCCGGGAGGACCCAGCCUACGCUGAGCCCUUGCGCGACUCUGUUGAAUGGGGGCUGCGCAGCCGCAGUGGGAGUAGAAACUGCGCCUGUACUGCAGGGCGACGACCGUUCUGGCCUCAACCGUCUUCCUCACCCGGUUCGCUUCCUCCACCCGAGUGAGCUGCCAUGGCCUGGGCUACAGGCAUCCUGCGAGCCAGCAAAAGAGUAGGUGCAGCCGGAGUGGAUAUCGGAAACCUGAACAUAGCUCUGCGGCCCAGUCGGGUGCUGAGUGUCCCCCUCAACCGGGCCUGGUGGCGAGUCACUCCCACUUCCACCAUGGCGACCGUGAAGGGUGAGUUUAUCCAGAGCUUCAGCUCGGAAAAGCCCGUCCUCCGCAACAAGGUCUCCAUCAUAGGAACCGGGUCAGUCGGCAUGGCCUGUGCCAUCAGCAUCGUGGCAAAAGGCUUGGCUGAUGAGCUUGCCCUGGUUGACAGUAACGAAGACAAGAUGAUGGGUGAGACGAUGGAUCUCCAGCACGGCAGUGUCUUCAUGAAAAUGCCAAAUAUUGUUUGCAGCAAAGAUUUCCACGUCACUGCCAACUCAGAGGUAGUGGUUAUCACAGCAGGGGUACGGCAGGUGAAAGACGAAACGCGCCUGAAUUUAGUCCAGCGAAACGUAGCCAUCUUUAAGGUGAUGAUUGCCGAUAUUAUCAAGCACAGCCCUCGUUGCAAGAUGAUUAUCGUCUCCAAUCCAGUGGACAUCUUAACUUACGUAACCUGGAAACUGAGCGGGUUUCCCAAAAACCGUAUUAUUGGGAGUGGCUGUAACAUAGACACUGCUCGUUUCCGUUACAUGCUUGGGGAGAGGCUUGGGAUCCACUCGGAAAGCUGCCACGGGUGGGUCCUUGGAGAGCACGGAGACUCGAGUGUCCCUGUGUGGAGUGGAGUGAACAUCGCCGGGAUGCCUCUGAAAGAGGUGAAUUCCGCAAUAGGAACUAGCAGAGACCCCGAGCAGUGGGGGAACGUCCACAAGGAAGUGAUUGCCAGUGCCUAUAACAUCAUCAAGAUGAAGGGCUACACGUCCUGGGCCAUCGGCCUGUCUGUGGCCGAUAUUGCCGAGAGCAUUCUGAAGAACCUCAGGAAAACACAUCCGGUUUCCACCAAAAUCAAAGGUCUCUACGGAAUAAAACAUGAGGUGUUUCUCAGUGUGCCCUGUAUCCUGGGAGAGAAUGGCAUCUCGGAUAUCAUAAAGGUAAAGCUAAGCCCCGUAGAGGAAGCCCAGAUGGUAAAGAGCGCAGAAACGCUUUGGAAAAUUCAGAAAGACAUCAAGUUUUAAGCCUUCCUUCUAAAGAUACCGAAGACAACAGACACGGCGCCUGCGGAUGUGGGCUGGAUUGGGGGCUCUGAAGGUUGGAGGUCUCUUGUUUGGUGUGUGGUAUCCAGCGGCUGGGUGACUUUGCCUUUUCAGUGACUGCAUUAAAGGUAUUUUUGGUGUUGAA